AUGGUUGUGUUAAAUGUGCCAGAAGAUGUAUUGCAACAAUCUCUGACCGAGAGCCUCUUCAACACCUUCGGUCUAGUAUUAUUACCCGGAACCGUAGCUGUCCUGUGGUACGUUCUCAAUGGUUCACUGAGCUGUUUCGUGCACAUAUCUGUAUGCUUCGGUUCUGCUGUUGCGGCUGUGUUAUCCCUCGACUUCCUUCUCGGAGGCCAAAAUGCAUGGGGUUGGCUGCUAUUCGCUCCGGCCAUCCUAGGAGCGGCUCAAAUUGUUGCCAAUUCGUACAUACCUGAAACACCUAACUACUACCUUCAGAAUGGCUUCUACAUCCAAGCCAUCGAUUCCAUCAAAUUUUACUACGAUAUCUCCUAUGACGAUGACGAUGAAGCAAUCCAGGAGUACUGGGACAUGGUGCCCGAGGUAGCGUUCCUCGUAGCCAAAGCAAGCCCUUUUCAUUCAUCGGAAUCAGUAUAA